CAUCAGUUAGCUAAUUCGGUUGCCAUCGCUAUGAAGUAGGGGAAUGGUUCUGACUUAUAGCCUUUUGGGGGAUUGUGGCCUUGUGAGUGAGAAAUUCUCUGGACGAUAAUUUCAUUUGGCUAAGCGUAUAUAAGGGGCCCUAGGUGGGCAAACUACCUCAUUUCAGCUAAGCUGCACUUGCCCCAGCCCCGUACUUGGUUUCGUUACAAGACUUUGCUGUCACCCUUUGACAGAACCAAACACUAGUUAAGUUGGCAGUUGUCAUGUGCAUCACGAGUAGGGAUGCAUGCGGGCGUGUCCACAGAGCUCUCAUCCGUCCGUGUUGAUUGUUUCUGUAUUGGCACGGUUAUUAUAGCAGCAGCGAUUAGCUCUGUUUUUAAGGCGUCCGUAAGGCGUCGCUUAGGCGACGCCUAGGCGUCAGGGCGCCCUCCAGGCUCAGGGCGUCGGCCUUGCCUUAGACAGUCGUGUAAGGCGUCCGCCUUAGGCUGUAAGGCGUCUGAAGCGUCCGCCUUAGCGCCGCCUUGCACGCCUCAGACCAAAUCGGACGCCUUAGCUUGUCAGGCAGGGAAACAGAGAUUGCAGGCGGGAAAACUGACCUGGGCGGGAACACAGGCGCGGGAAACAUUGGUUCAGGUGCGACCAGUUAUGAGAAGGGGAAAGAGAGAGUGAAUCGACGCGAGAGGUCUCUCCUGUCUCCUCUCUGGACCAUUGACGGAGGCUUCCUCCUCAGAUCUGCGGCAGCCGCCAGCCUCCUCCCUCCGGCCACAGUUCCUCCCCCUCCUCUCUGGCUGCAGCUCCUCCCCAUCCUCCUCUGGCGCAACCCUCUUCCAGCAGAUCAGCACCACAUCAAGUAGCCAGGUGUACCUGCUCUGAUGGAUCUAGCCAAUGAUCCUAGGAGAAGAGCUACAUCAGAUGAUCCAGCCUGGAAGUAUGGGUUCUGGCCAGAUUUAGAGAGGAAAGAUUUACUCCAGUGUACAUUGUGUGGCAAGAUAGUCCAUGGUGGAGUGAGAAGGCUAAAGCAGCACUUUUCUGGGGGUUCCAGUGAUGCGGAUAAGUGUCCCGAGGCAUCCAUGGAGAUUAGGAUAGAGAUGCACAAUUCCUUAAACACUAGAAAGUUUAAAGCUAUGGAGCGAUAUAUUGAUGAGGAUGAAGCUGAACUUCAAAGGCGCCGUUCUGUCAUAUACACAAGAUGAUUUGAGGCCUAUGCUUUGAAACAAACAAGGGAGAUUUGGCUGAAAUAAGGAAUGAAGAUGCUCCAGUGUCCAUUCCGCAAAAGCAGAAACCUUCUAAAGCAGAGAGGCGUGCUAUUCAGGAGGCUCAGCGUGCUGCGAAAGCUGCUGCGAAGGAGGCAGGUUUAUCAGGAAAGUCUACAGGCGCUGCUUCUGGGGCUAAUCCUGCAACAUCCAAGCAAGCUAAGCCAGCUAAAAUUUCUCAGAAGAAAGAUGUGCCCCAUGCUCCAAGUACAGUCGCUUCUGAGAAGAAGGUUACUGAACGCCAACCAGAGAGAGAUAGAAAAAAAGAUGUUCCUCAUCCGAGAAUGCAGUUUGAUGACGUGCAUCGGGUGGAGAAAGCAAAGAAACGUGCAAUUGUCAACCAAUCAGAGGCUCGAAACAGAGUUGAAUUGUUUAGGCAUCUGCCACAGUACGUCCAUGGCACUCAACUUCCUGACCUCGAGUCAAAAUUCUUUCAACUGGAACCAAUUCAUCCUUCUGUAUACAAGGUCGGGCUCCAAUAUUUGUCUGGUGAGGUAUCUGGUGGCAAUGGUCGUUGCAUAGCAAUGCUUCUUGCGUUCAGGGAGGCAAUAAAAGAUUACUCCACACCGCCAAAUAAAACUCUCAGCAGAGACCUUACUGCAAAAGUUGGUAGCUAUGUGUCAUUUUUUAUCGAGUGCCGUCCACUCUCAAUUAGCAUGGGCAAUGCUAUCAGGUUCCUGAAAAACAGGAUUGCCAAGCUACCAAUUACAUUGUCAGAGUCAGAAGCCAAGGCCAGUCUUCAGUCUGAUAUUGAUCGUUUUAUUAAUGAGAAGAUAGUUGUUGCAGAUCAGGUUAUUGUCAGUCAUGCUAUCACAAAAGUCAGAGACGAUGAUGUCUUGCUAACAUAUGGGUCAUCAUCAGUUGUUGAAAUGUUUUUGGAGCAUGCUCAUGAACUUGGUAGGAAGUUCCGUGUUAUAGUGGUGGAUUCUCGUCCCAAGCUCGAGGGGCAAGGAUUACUGCGUAGAUUAGUGGCGAAGGGCAUUAACUGCACAUAUACUCAUAUAAAUGCAGUUUCAUACAUCAUGCAUGAAGUUACAAGAGUCUUCUUGGGUGCAUCCUCAAUAUUAUCAAAUGGAACAGUUUAUUCCCGAGUUGGCACAGCAUCCGUGGCUAUGGUGGCACAUGCAUUUGGAAUUCCUGUUUUGGUUUGCUGCGAGGCAUACAAAUUUGAUGAGAGGGUGCAAAUUGAUUCUAUAUGCGCUAAUGAGCUUGGUGAUCCAGAUGUGAUUUCGAAAAUUCCUGGGAGGGCAGAUUUGGGCGAUCUUAAGAACUGGGCUGACAACGAGAAUCUCCAACUGUUAAAUCUCACGUAUGAUGCAACCCCUUCUGAUUAUGUGUCGAUGAUCAUAACGGAUUAUGGAAUGCUUCCACCUACAAGUGUGCCGGUCAUCGUGAGAGAGUACCGCAAGGAGCAGCUGUGGGUAUAGAUCUACUUGCAGUAUGAUCGCAGUUUUGGCAACUGUUGCUGCCUAGGUGCAGCAGAGUGGACAUAUACAACUUGUAUGUUUUUGAGAUGUGGGCUGUUAAACCUGUUUGCCGACUUACCGUUUUGUCUACUCAAAAUGGUCGUCUAGUUUUGUCACCUGUGAUUUCAUUGAAAUGCAUUUGACUUGAAGUUUC